CAAAGUACAACAACAACCUUACCUUGGUGAAGACGAAAACCUUUGUUCUUCUACUGUCAGAACUCAACAUCACUUUAUUUCACGUAUGUUCACUUGUAUUUUCAUUAACACAAUCCAAUUCAAUAACUUGUACUUAUUACUUGCAAUUUCUCUGCUAGGGUUUUAGCUCUAAAAAAAAAAUAAAAAAUGUCAAAGACACCGGAUCCAAACAGUACAGGUGCUAGCGGUGACAAGUCCAACAAAGAAGAAGCGGCCAUUAAAGUUCCUUCUAAGGACUCAAAGAAGAAGGAUGAUAAGAAAGAUGAAGAUCUCUCGGAGGAGGAUUUGGCGUUGAAGCAGCAAUUGGAACUGUAUGUGGAGAGAGUUCAAGAUGCUGAUCCAGGAUUACAGAAGGUUGCACUUGAGAGUAUGAGACAGGAAAUUCGUACAUCAACAAGCUCAAUGACAUCAGUUCCAAAACCAUUAAAGUUCUUGCGUCCCCACUAUGGAACACUGAAGGGAUAUUAUGAGAAAAUGCCAGACUCGGAUUUGAAGACACUUCUGGCAGAUGUACUUUCUGUUUUGGCCUUGACAAUGUCUGCUGAAGGAGAAAGGGAGAGCUUGAAGUAUAGACUGUUGGGUUCUCAAGGUGAAAUUGGUUCCUGGGGACAUGAAUACGUUAGGAACUUGGCUGGAGAAAUUGCACAAGAGUAUGGAAAACGGCAGAGUGAAGAAGCCUCAAUUGAUGAUCUAAUGGAGCUUGUGCAACAAAUUGUUGCUUUUCACAUGAAGCAUAAUGCUGAACCUGAGGCUGUUGAUCUUUUAAUGGAGGUUGAAGAUCUUGAUCUCUUAGUCGAGCACGUUGAUGGUACAAAUUACAAAAGGACAUGCUCCUAUCUCACCAGUUCAGCAAAAUACCUUCCUGGACCUGACGACAUGUUGGUUCUUGAUAUUGCAUACACUAUCUAUAUGAAAUUUGAGGAGUAUCCAAGUGCACUAGUGACUGCACUGUACCUGGAUAACAUGCAGUAUGUAAAGCAAGUUUUUACAUCGUGUGGUGAUCUUCUGCGGAAGAAGCAGUUCUGUUACAUUCUUGCUCGCCAUGGUCAGACAUUUGAGCUUGAUGAAGAGAUGUGUGCAGAAGAUGAAGAAAGAGAAGGAUUACAGGAGAUUAUUAACAAUGCUAAAUUAAGUGAAGGCUAUCUCACACUUGCUCGUGAUAUUGAGGUCAUGGAAGCAAAAACCCCUGACGACAUAUACAAGCCACAUUUGCUCGAUGGCCGGGCUAGUGCGGGAGCAAGUGUAGAUUCAGCAAGACAAAAUUUGGCCUCUACAUUUGUCAAUGCUUUUGUCAAUGCUGGCUUUGGUCAGGAUAAGUUGAUGACAGUACCGUCAGAGGCGUCAAGUGGUGGUGCGUCCACAAGCUGGCUUUUCAAAAAUAAAGAACAUGGAAAAGCUAGUGCAGCAGCAAGUCUGGGUAUGAUCCUACUUUGGGAUGUUGAUUCUGGUCUUGCACAAAUUGACAAGUAUUUCCAUAGUACGGAUACCCACGUCAUCGCCGGUGCACUGUUAGGAGUUGGGAUUGUGAACUGUGGUAUCAAGAAUGAAUGUGAUCCUGCAUUGGCACUUCUAGCUGAGUACAUAGACAAAGAGGAUGCUUCAAUUAGAAUCGGUGCUAUAAUGGGCCUUGGUCUUGCUUAUGCUGGUUCUCAGAAUGAGCAGAUCCGUAGUAAAUUGACCCCAAUACUUGGAGAUAGUAAGGUGUCCCUUGAUGUGCUUGCCUUUACUGCUAUAUCAUUGGGAUUGGUAUUUGUGGGUUCAUGCAAUGAAGAGAUUGCUCAGGCGAUCAUAUUUGCAUUGAUGGAACGAAGUGAGUCAGAAUUAGGAGAGCCCUUUGCCCGCCUGUUGCCUCUUGGUCUUGGUCUUCUGUAUCUUGGAAAGCAGGAAAGUGUUGAGGCUACAGCUGAGGUCUCAAAGACUUUCAAUGAAAAGAUUAGAAAGCAUUGCGAUAUGACCCUGCAGUCUUGUGCCUAUGCUGGGACAGGCAAUGUGCUCAAGGUCCAACAUUUUCUUGGUCAAUGUGCCCAACAUUUUGAGAAGGGUGAAACCUUCCAGGGACCUGCCGUCCUUGGUAUUGCAAUGGUAGCAAUGGCUGAAGAACUGGGACUCGAAAUGGCCAUACGCUCGCUAGAACACCUUUUGCAGUAUGGGGAGCAAAAUAUCAGAAGAGCAGUUCCUUUGGCUCUUGCCCUCCUCUGCAUUUCAAACCCAAAGGUCAAUGUGAUGGACACUCUGAGCAGGCUUAGUCAUGAUUCAGACUCCGAAGUAGCUAUGGCUGCUAUCAUUUCUUUGGGAUUGAUAGGUGCAGGAACAAACAAUGCCAGAAUAGCUGGCAUGCUGCGUAAUCUGUCCAGUUACUACUACAAAGAAGCCAACCUCCUGUUCUGUGUGCGGAUUGCCCAAGGUCUUGUUCAUUUGGGAAAGGGAUUGUUAACUCUAUCACCAUAUCAUUCUGAACACUUCCUAUUAUCUCCGACUGCACUGGCCGGGCUGGUAACACUGCUGCAUGCAUGUCUUGAUAUGAAGGCCAUUAUCUUGGGGAAAUAUCACUAUGUUCUUUAUUUCCUGACUUUAGCUAUGCAGCCAAGGAUGCUGCUGACUGUGGAUGAAAAUUUGAAACCCUUGUCGGUUCCUGUCCGUGUUGGCCAAGCUGUUGAUGUUGUAGGUCAGGCAGGUCGACCCAAGACCAUUACUGGUUUCCAGACCCACUCUACCCCGGUUCUCCUUGCUGCCGGUGAUCGAGCUGAGCUCGCAACCGAGAAGUACAUUCCGCUCUCGCCCAUUCUUGAAGGCUUCGUCAUCUUGAAGGAGAAUCCCGAUUACAGAGAUGAUCAAUAGUGACCUCAAUGAGGUAUAUGAAUGAAAUGAGCCGAGAAGUUUUAGAUGGCGUACGUUAUUUAUUUAAGGGAGAAUGGCAGGAGACAGUCGAUGACGCUGUCUAAUUUGCUCAAGUUGCUCUGUGGUGAGAUCCAUAUCUAAUGUUUUGGGGCAACUGAGGCGAUCCGGUCCAUCUAUGCUUUCCAAGUUCUUUUGUCCCAUUUAAGUGUUCUGUGUAAAGUUGCAGAUAGUUAUUUAUUGCUGAAAGUGAAAUAGAAAUCGUUGUUACAUUA